GACGCAUGCGCACAAACAGGCGAUUCACGCGGGUUCUCAGCGUCGAAAGAGUUCCGGUAAACACGGUUCUGUUCCGGCUCUGCUCGGGUUGUCGUCCGGUAAACACAGGUCUGUUCCAGUUCUGCACAGGUUCUCGUCCGAUAUACACGGUUCUGCUCCGGGUCUGCUCCGGGGAGUGACCGUCAGGCCCGGGACUGAAGCCCGGGUGUCGACCCUGAGCUGAGCCGAGGAGCUGCUUCGGCUCCGCGGUGUGCUAGCUGUGUGUGCUAGACAUCAUUAACUGGAGGGAGAUGUCUCCAGUCUCAAAAGAGCAGGAAGGAGGAAGGGUGGGACGACGUCUGUCUCUGGACGACUGUCGUUGUCCCGUCUGUUUGGAGAUCAUCAUCGAACCUGUGAGGCUGCCUUGUACACACACCUUCUGCAAGGUGUGUUUCCUGGAGACGGUGGAUAAGUCCACGCUGUGUUGUCCAAUGUGCAGGAAGAGAGUUUCAUCGUGGGCUCGUCUGAACAGCAGGAACAACACGUUGGUAGAUCAGCAGCUAUGGAAUCAGAUCCAGAGCAGCUUCCCUCUGCAGUGUGAACGCCGCCUCAAGGGUCAGGAGGACGAGGACGACCCAGGAGUGUUGGUGUGUGCUCCCUCAGUCAGUCGUCCUGGUGAAGUCCGACAGGAAUACGAGGAUCAGAUCAUGAAGCUGACGGAGGAAAAGCGAGUGAUGGAGGAGGAGGAGAAAAGGGCGAGCAAUGAGUUGAUCCAGAGGCUGUUGGCGGAGGAGGAGGUGGAGCUUCAGGAGGAGACCAGGAGACGAGAAGGAGAUGAGCAACUCGCCAGACUCCUCAAUAACCAGCUGAACUCUUCGCCGGUGACUCAGGGAAACAUCCUACCUGCUGCUGUGACUCCUCCCACUAACAGACAGAAGGAAGUUGGAUCCAUUGACAGGUUCUUCAGUCCUCUUUCAUCAAAAACCACCUCAGACUGCAGCUCCGCCUCCAACAGCCUCGACAACAAGGAGAACGUGGUCGUCUCAACUAAGAGGAAAAACUCUGACCUUGAGAUAACAGACGAGGAGGCAACGACCUCCAAACGAGGUUGCCCCUCCUCCUCCCCAUCUCCUGUGGGGGGGCUGGAGUCUGAGCUGCAGAGUCCACAGCGGCAACAGGAGGAGGGCGACCGACGACUCGCUCAGCUCCUCCAGAAGGAACUCGACCAGGAGGAGAAACUGAGAACCACAGACCGACGCAAAGGUUCUGCUGAUGCUUACCCGCUCCGUGACAAAGGAGGAAAGGUUGCUGUCACCACGCCUAACAGAUCGUCCAGGAAGAUGACGAAGAUGUCCUCGUCCUCGUCCUCGUCCUCGUCCUCGUCCUCGUCCUCGUGCAGGGGACAGAAACAGACCACCCUGACUGACUUGUUCUCCAUGAGCAGCUGAAGCUCUCUCUCUCUCUCUCUCUCUCUCUGACUUUUC